GUGUGUUAGCUACGUCCACGGGCAAGAGAGCGUCAGUUUCACUAUAUCGAGAAGAUUACAGAUUAUAGAGAAGAUGAGAAAUAUUUAUACUUUUUUAUGUGGAUCUAAACCUAAAUAGUCCAAACAAACCCUCAUUUAGCAAAACCCCGUAACUUCCGGUGGUCACCCAAAUAGUCCAUUCAAGCCACAUCAACAUUUAUACAUGCGGCAAUUACUAAUUUUUGCACUUGUGUCACGUGGAUCGUAACAGAGCCAAAUAGGAUAGAUUUCCCCACUCGGUAUGAAUAUCACAAUACUCACACACGUUCUCAUUCCUAUCCACCACGCCGAGAUGAGCAAAUAGUAGUUGAAUGGAGGGAUAGAAUUUGUUAACAACACAUAAAGUUGGAAGGUUAUCUUACCAAAAAAAAAGUUAGAAGGUUAUUAAUGAAGUUACCACUGUAAUUAGUACAGUCGGUCAAAUUAUUAAUAGCACACUAGUAAAUAUGAUAUUCUUACUAUAGUACUACGUGGACAUAACCCUAUCCCUAUGUACAUGUUCCUAGGGCCACAAGGCUGGCGUGAUAAAGUUGAAAGGUUUGUCCCUAACACAUGUACAUUGAGUGAGUAAUCAUGAUUAAAGUUGAAAGCUUUAGUAGUGUGAGUAAUCAUGAUUAAAAUUGAGAGUUUAAACUAAGAAGGUUAAUUUGUGUUUAGAGUACGACAAAAAAGGUGUUUGAUGGGCAUUAAAGAAACCUUUCUCCCCUCCCAACAACUCAAAUUGAAUUCACGUUGCCACCAUCGCGUAUAAAAAGCAAGCUUCGUCAUUCCAUUUUAUUCAUCCCAUCUUUUCUAUCUUUUCACUUGUUCAGUUUGCUAUUUUUCUUUGUUCAGUUUCCAGAGAAGUUCUCUGAUAGUAAAUUGAGUGAUUAGUAGAGGAUCAUAUGUCAAAUAUGCUUUAUUUUGAGAGAAAUAUGUGUUUAUAAAGUAUGGGAUAUUGAGGUUGUUAUUUUCCUAAGGAAUACAGAGUGCAUCCACUAUUCUGUUCAUUUUUAACAAGUCAAAUUGAUACUUAUGUACUAUUAGAGGGAUUCGAACCUGAUGGAUGUUAUAAUUCCCGCUUUCUCUAAUCUAUAUUUCUGCCUUCUCUAACUUGCAAAUUCGCAGUGGAAGAAAUCUCCAAGCUUUUGCUCCACUGGAGCACUAGAUCACUGGUAAUAAAGAUUGAACUGCUUCAAUUUUCCAUGUCAUUUAUCUGUUUUUUUUAUUAUGUAUAUUGUCAUUGUGAGAAUUCACUCAGUAAAUGAUAAAUCAUGCGGAUGCCAUCUCUCUUAUGUUCCUAAGAAAAGAAUUAUUACUCUUCCCACGGUUUGUUUCACUCAUUAGUUCUAUAUAUUUUUACAGAUGUAUUCAACUAGGUACUCAAAUCAGAAGGACAACAAAGAUAUGAUAAAUCAAUACGAAUUUGAAUAUCUCAAAUGAAGCGAGUGAGUUCACCACCAAAUCCUGGCCAAGUUUCAAAGCUAGCACCGAGCAACUUCUUUUCAUCAAUGGAAAGCUCAAGGGCCGCGAUCAAAGCCGGUUUUCAAGCUAGCCAACUUGAAUCUUAACAUCCUGCAGAACUUGUAUCAAACUAAGCUAUCACUCCUCAAGUUAGCCGACUUGAAUCUUAACAUUCAUUCAAGGUAUGCUAUCAUUAUCAAUCUCAUCAUCACUGAAAUGAUGUUAGCAUACAAAGCAAUAAUAUGUUCGUCCUAUGCACAUUAGGGAGUCAGAUUCUGAACAUUCCCCUCAGUGAACUGCAUAUGUUUGCUUACCAGCCCUCUUUUGUGGUAAAUUGCAGUUGGUGCUACAGAGAGGUUCAUGUUCCACGAGCGGUGGAAUGUUACAAGAAGCAGCAUGACCAUGCCGGUUCAGCCGUGGAAUGCUAUAUGGAGCAGCAUGACCAUGCCGGUUCGGCCGUGGAAUGCUAUAUGGAGCAGCAUGACCAUGGCCGCUUCGGCCGUCGAGUGCUAUAUGAAGCAGCAUGAUCGUGUUGCUUCGACCGUACAGUGCUACACGAAGAGGCAUGAUCAUGCAGGCUUCAGCAGUUCAGUGCUACAUGAAGCAAUACGACGAUGUUACUUCAUCAGUAGAGUGUUAUAUGAAGCAACAAUUCCAGUAACAUCAGUAAAGAGUUAUACGAAGCAACAAUUCCACCCGUGGAAAGGUACUGUUACGCGCAGCAGCGUGGCCAUCCUGCUGCAUAGGUAGAAUGUUACAUGACGUAUCGACAUUCGAAACAGCAGAUAAUCAAUGCAUGGAAUAGUAUCAUAGAGGACGAUUGAAUUCACAUUGACGAAUGAGGAGUUUAUGAAUACUUUCAAGCUAUAUAACAAAGCAUUAUAGCAUACCAUAUAGCAAUUUGUAACAUUCUUUCCCCCACUUCUCAACAUUUCUGAGAGACCAAGUAGUAAGUGUAGAUAUACUUGUUUUGUACACCAACCUUAUUUUCGGUCGUUUGGCCAUUAUAAAAUAGUCCCGAAGAAAAGCUCCAAGUCAUCAUGUAUGUGUUCUUCACGCUUAACAUUGUCAUAUAUUAAAGAAUAUUGAAUAUG